AUGAUUUUAUCCGUCGUAUUGGUAUUAGUAGCAGUUAUCUGGACAGUACAAUACAGGUUCAGAAGGAGGAGAAUGUAUGAGUUGGCGUCAAAGAUCUCACAUCUGAAAGAUGAAUUGCCUUUGAUUGGUGUAACGCAUAAAUUAAUAGGAAGUACUGAAAUUAUAAUGAAAAGCUUGAAGCAGUUUAGCUAUGAAGCCAUGGAGACCGAUGAUGGAGUAACUAGAGCGUGGCUUAAUCACAUACUUUAUUUCGCAAUGGUGAACCCGGAGGAUUUGGAAAUAGUGUUAAAAACGUGCUUGGAAAAGGAUGAUCUUUAUAGAUUAAUGCGUAACUUUAUAGGUAAUGGCAGCGCAUUCGCACCUGUUUCUAUUUGGAGGCGUCGCAGAAAAAUUCUAAUCCCAGCAUUCAGCGCGAAAAUUAUUGAAAGCUUUGUAGAAAUAUUUUCAGAACAAAGCCAACAUAUUACACAUAAAGUGGCACGUAUGUGUGGAUCUGGAACAGUUAACCUUUGGCCGAUAGUAUCAGCUUAUUCUUUAGGUGCCGCAUGUGAAUCAACGGCAGGGGUAAAAAUAUAUGCGCAGUCCAAAGCAAACUCACAAUUCCUAACUUUUGUGGAGGAAAUUCUAAACAUUAUCUGUGAAAGAAUGGGCAAUUUGUGGCUGCAUCCGGAUUGGGUGUUCCGUCUGUCCCCUAAGUACACUAAAUAUCAGAAAUGUGCUCAAUAUAUACAUGAUUUUACAGAUGAGAUUAUCAACAAUAAACGAAAAGAAUUAAAGAAUGACAAACAAAGAACAUGCGACAAUGAUAAUAGCCCAUAUGAUUUAGGUGAUUAUAAAAACAAAUCUUUCCUUGAAUUAUUAAUACAUUUGUCUGGUGGUGAAAAGGGGUAUACAGAUUUGGAACUUCGUGAGGAGAUUUUAACUAUAAUUAUGGCUGGAACCGACACCUCUGCAGUUGGAAUGGCGUUUACUCUCAUAUUAUUAGGAAAAUAUCCAGACAUUCAGCAAAAGGUAUAUGAAGAGUUGAAAGAAGUGUUUGGUGAUUCCAACCGUCCAUUAGUGAAAGAAGAUUUACCCAAGUUGAAGUAUUUAGAGAGAGUGGUAAAAGAGUCUUUCAGGUUAUUCCCACCAGUGCCUUUUAUACUUCGGAAAGUGGAAAAAGAGAUUACUUUACCGUCAGGCGUGACUAUUCCUAGUGGUUCAGGGAUAUUUGUUUCGAUUUUUGGAGCUCAUCGCGACCCUAAGUACUGGGGUCCGGACGCGGAACAUUUCGACCCCGACCGGUUUCUGCCUGAACGAUUCAACUUGCAGCACGCCUGUAGCUAUAUGCCGUUUAGUUACGGUCCACGGAAUUGUGUAGGUUAUCAGUAUGCUUUCAAGUCAAUCAAGACGGCACUAACGUCCAUAUUACGAAAUUAUAAAGUUAUUGGAGAACCAGAAAAGGGACCCAUUCCUAACAUAAGAGUCAAGGUAGACAUCAUGUUGAAGGCAGCUGAAGGGUACUACGUGAAGUUCGAAAAAAGAAAACCUUGUCUCUUGAAAGAGUGACUUGCUUUUUUGUGUCGAGUGCUGAUGAUUCGAUAAUUUUAUUGUUUUUUAAUUUUAAAAAAUAAUUGAAUUAAAAAUGUCACGACGGCUAAAAUAUUUUUAAAUCGAUUAAACGAUACAUAAAAUAAUUUUGCUAUAAGCACUUGCUAUUAAGAUUUUUCAAAAGUAUAUUUUAUUUUUAUAAGUUGUUUCAAUUGAAAUUCUAAUUUCAGUUAAAGGUUUAAUUUGUUUUAUAUUGGUAAUCGGUGGAUUCUCUGACCUGAAAUAAAUUGGUUUUAU